CAGAUGGAUGUGAUCAACAGUCAUACCACACUGGGAUUACAGCAAUUUGCAAAUUUUCAUAGAUCAACAGGAAAAAAGUGAAGCCAAAGGAGGACAAACUUGUAGGAACUAACAAGCUCCUACGGAUUGACUGGAGGACUAAAGGAAGAGGCGAGAGAAAAAGGAUAAAUUAAACCCAAUUUGAUGAGUUCAAUUUGAGCUUGUGAAUAGACUUUUUUUGCAGUCCAUCUGCUGCCAGGCCCCAGACCUGCCAGACCCGAGUUGGUGGUGCACACACAACAUUGAGUAAUUUUCUCAGCGUCAACCAGUUGACCGGUGAAGUCAGUGCCGUAGGGAAGAUUGGCGAUGAUCCGCUUUGGCUUUGCCAGAAGUGUCAGGGCCAUCGCUGUUAGAGCUCAUUGUGUUUUGCAGUGGCGCAGAGAGUGAGAGAGCACGGGCAGUGUGUAGUAAUCUAAGGAUGACACCCGCACUUUAUUUCAUCAGAAGUGCUCAGUGAGGUGUGUGGUGUAGCUCAUCACACUUUGUCUCUGCACUACACACACACACACACACACACACACACACACACACACACACACACACACAUUUUAAACCCACGUAUUUGCACAUACAAACACGAGAGCUACACACUCCCAGAGACCGUUGAUGCAUUGGAUCGGAACUCUGUCCGGAUCUUAAACACAGCAGACUUUCAGAUCAGGGUGUAUGAGUGAUUGUGUAGCUGGAGUGCACCCAGUGGAGCAUGUUGGAAAGGAAGAGUUAGGCAGGUCGAUGUUGCACGAUUACACUGUCUGAUAGCCUGUGAUUAUUCUGAGAAGUCUAAAAUUACCAUGUAAAAUCACUGUCCAUUUAUGAUACAGUGUAUGCAUGAUAGCAUAUUGAAAGAGAUAGCAUUUAAGUGAAUAAUGGUAGAUACCUCAUGAAAGUAUAGUCUCUGGGGUAAAAUAGACUAAAAAGUGUAAUAUCUGAAACUAAAGCAUCUGACUGCAGUUUGCUCAACCUCUUGCAGGUUGGCUAUUCUACACGGGGCAAGCACUUCCACUCUCUUUAUAGAGCGGCACUCAAGCUCAAUGGAUUUUAUUUAACCCUAGCUAUCGCCAGAUGAGUUGCAGUGAGAUAGUGUCUCCAUCUCUCCGGAGGCCUGGCCGGUUUGGUUAAAGCUCAAAAGAACAUUGACUUCUGCCUACCGAUUUGUCUGGUGAGAAGUGCAGAGAACCCUGUUUAACUCAUUAAAAUACAAUGUGUUGAAUGAACAAUGUUGCCCUAGAUUUCUCUCUGUCCUCGAGGGCACGAUAGCUCUAUUUCAAAAGUUAGCAUUCAGUCAACAUCAGUAGAGAUACACUUGACCUGCUUUGGAAGACAGUUUCUCAGCCUGUAUCUGACUGAAAUAUAGUAUUAUUGAUGUUUUCCGUUCCUUGGAGCAGUGUGGUUUGACCUACACGAGACAAGCAGUCUGUUGUUGUGGUUAAUUGUGUGGCUAAUUGUUGAAGCGCCCUGUGCUUAGAACUAGCCUAGCUCCCAGUUUGACACUGCAGUCGGUGAUGAGCUAAUUAAAUUGUCCCUUAUUUGGUUAAUUGCAUAGCUGCCAUUACUGAAUACCCUUGCUGGUAAAGAACACAAUAUUUCAGGUCUGCUUUGGUCACUUUUGGUAUUGGUUUUUGUGGUUUAUUGCUCUGAGAGUCUUGGGCUUUAGUCUCAGGAGGCUAGGAGCCCUGUGGUAGAAAAUAGCUAGCCUAGCAGUGUUUGCUUUGUUGUCGUUUUGCUUAGAUGGGACUGAGCUCCUCUACUGCUUUGUAGCAGCAAAACCCCUGCACUGUAUGGAUUUAAGACAAUGCAUGUCGUAAGUUCUUUCUAAGCAGCACAAGGUGCUAAAGUCAACAGUGGAACUUUUUGUUGCUCUAAGCUCAUCUCUGUGUGCAUUGUGAUAUAGUGUCUAAAUCGCUAUCUCUGUUAGCGCCCUGAGCUCUGGCCAAACGUCUGUGGAUUGCAUGCAAGCUCUGGCUACAAUUCAGUGUUAUGUGUUUGCAUGUGUUGUGAUGCAGUGUAGCACAUAAGAGUCCUUUCUUUAAGUAUUGUCCUCAAACAACAACUUCUGUUUGAUUGCACUGAAGUAAAGCUGGGCAGUUAGCGUGUGCACGUGUCUGCAGCAUUGCAGUUGAGAACAAAUCAGAGUGUGUGUGUAUGUGGACUGGUUUGUCUGUAGCAGUGCAGGCAGGGUCACAGAGGAGCCAUUGAUCAAACGUGCACAUACACACACAUACACACACAGCUUCUCAAUACACAAUGAAGCCUGUCCUCUGCCGCCUCCUCCCUGCCCCCUUCUCUCUGGCCCUACGCAGCCUGGUCCUGGUCCUGCUCUGCAUCACUCCCCGUUGUCAGGCGGUGCAGGCAGAGAAUGUGACAGUCUUGGAGGGAGGUACGGCCCAGAUCUCCUGCCGCCUGCAGAACUACGAUGGAUCAAUUGUGGUUAUCCAGAAUCCCCGCCGGCAGACCCUCUUCUUUAACGGCACGCGAGCCCUGAAGGACGACCGUUUCCAGAUGGUGCUCUUCACCCCGAGGCUGGUGCGCAUCACGUUGACCAACGUCAGCGUGACGGAUGAGGGCGGCUACUUCUGCCAGCUCUACACGGAUGCCACGCACCACCAGGUGGCGACGCUCUCAGUUUCGGUGCCCCCGGAGACGCCCACGGUGGAGGUGAAGCAGGAGGCCAUGGAGGGCGGUGAGGUGGAGCUCACCUGUAUGUCCCCGCGCAGCAAGCCGGCUGCCACCCUGCGCUGGAUUCGUAACGGCCGUGAGAUACCAGGUGUGGUAUCCCAGCAGGACAACGCGAAGACGUUCAGCGUGUCCAGCACCAUCCGGAUCCCGGUAGAAAGGAAAGACAACGGGGCGGCGCUGAGCUGCGAGGCGUUCCACCCAGCACUCGGCGGGCAGAAGAGGAUUCGACACUAUCGCCUGGAUGUGUAUUUUGCACCAACAGUGAGAAUUGUUCCUCCCUCUGGCAUUUUGCGAGAGGGCGACUCGCUCAGCCUCACCUGCUCUGUUACUGGGAACCCUCUGCCCAGGAACAUUCAGUGGUCCAAGAUUAAUGACACCUUACCCGAGAGGGCAGAGAUUUCCGGCCCCACCUUUCAGAUUUCCCGUCUCAGCCAGUCACACAAUGGAACGUACUUGUGCCAGGCCCAGAACAACUAUGGACGUGCUGCCGAUCAUUACACCCUACUGGUGUAUGAUAAUGUGUCAGUCACUACCACGGUCCCUCCCACUCCCACCACCCAACCAAUCACCUCCCAUCCCGCCACCCCAACCCUCCUAACACCCAGCUUCGCUCCGGACCCGAAAGAUCCCGGUGCAGUGGUAGAGACUCACAGUGCAGCACCAUAUGCAGUGAUAGGUGGUGUUCUGGCACUGCUGGUUUUCACCGUCAUCUGUGUCCUCAUCGUCACCAUCUGGUGCUCUGUUCGACAGAAAGGCUCGUACCGUACACGAGAGCCUAUUCUUGCUUGGUAUUGACUUAACAAUCAGUUAACUAAUGAAUUAAUCAGUCACAGGUUCCUAUCUUACCCAUGAGGCCAGUGGGUUGGAUGAACAUGGUGAGGUGCAGGAGGCUUUCCUCAAUGGGAACGACGCCAGCCAGGGCAAGAAAGAGUACCUACUGUAGCCCCUCUCCUUCCCUAUCCCCCUCUCCUCUGACCUCAUCCCCCCCACCCCUUCCUCUCCCUGUCUCCCACCUUAUAAACAGUAUAUACACACACACAUACACACACGCACGCACACACACAUACACAAAUACACACUUCUAUACAAAGCGCCAUAACAGGCGGCCUUCUAAAAACGACUGUAUACAGAUACUGCACACAGCCAAUCCAUCCCGUUACAUUCCACUCCAUAUCCUCCAUGCACACACACAUACCCAUAGACAGACUGAGAAAAAGAGAGCCUAUAGACCCACCAGCCAUUAACAACUGUGCCAUAUACUGUAAGUUUGAUAAACUGGG